CUGGAAGCCACUUCCUGCCUGGUUUCCUAGCAACGGGGAAGCGUUGUUGACAACCACAGAAACUGCAGCUCAGGCUUGAGAGUGGAGCUGUCCCACCGGCAGGAUGACAGAGGUGGAGGAAACCCUCAAGAGAAUCCAGAGCCACAAAGGGGUCAUUGGAACCAUGGUGGUCAACGCAGAAGGCAUUCCAAUCCGAACAACCCUGGACAAUUCCACAACAGUUCAAUAUGCGGGUCUUCUCCACCAGCUGACCAUGAAGGCUAAGAGCACGGUCCGGGACAUUGACCCCCAGAACGACCUGACUUUCCUCAGGAUCAGAUCGAAGAAACAUGAAAUCAUGGUAGCCCCAGAUAAGGAAUAUCUUCUGAUUGUCAUCCAGAACCCAUGUGAGUAGACCUGCUGCAGCCAACUCCAUCCUCGUGAUGAUACCUGGAAGCCCUUCACUCCUCUAGUCCAUAAUAUUGACCCUAAUUGAGUCUAUAGACAUGCUCUCCUAUUUUGACAACAAAAUGCUCUACAUGUCUCCCUUAGUCCCUUUUGACUGUAUUGUGGUCUUGUAUUUUUGCCAUAUAAUAAACAAAUUCUGCCAUUUA